UCCCACUCCUCCUCCAUCAGCUCAUAAUUUCAUUUAAUUCAUCGUAGCCCUCCCAGACUCUCCCCUGGCCAGUCAGCGCAGUUGACAGCACUGAACUUGUAUAGGCAUAAAGCACAGUGAUGAUAAGCACAUUAAAGCUGCUGUAUUGGCUAGGGGAGGGUCUAGCUUCAGUAGCUGCAGUCUUAUUGGUGGUCUGAGUGGCAGGGGAGGAGCUGGGAGGAGUACAGGCAGAGAGAGAGAGAGAGAGGUGAGAGCUUUGCGCUAGGUUGGGAGGGAAUGCCCACUAGAUGCGGCUGCUGAUAAUAGCAUGUAUCAGCAGCAGAGCAGUGAUUGAGAGCACAGACAGAGAGAGGAGGAGAGAGGAGCAAGGAACAGCAUGCCGUGCCAUAGAGUGGUUAAAUCAGAGCAGCGUGAUUGAUUCAGGCAAACAAGGAUAAAAAAAAAAAAAAUAAAGGGAGAUCUAGAGAGUCUCUCGGAGCGCAAAAUCCUGAGAGGUGAACGGGGGUGGAAGUUAGAAGGCUGUGGGAACUCAUCAACUCCUCGUGGAAAGGCACAGCUGAGGUCAGCAGGCAAGAGUGUGGGAUCGAGCAGCAGCUGAACGAAGCCGGGCUGGGGGUGGACACUCUUUUAGAGGGGUGAAGAGUGGCGUAGGGUGAAGGAAUACUGCUGAAACUUCAGUUACACUCAACGUGCACCUGCCCGUGGGAGUAACGCUUCUGGAUAUUACAGCAAGGCUACAGGGCAAGCUGCCACAUCCACUUGAGCGAUUUUGCAAAGCCACUGUCUGGUUGACUUAAGCCUGAUCUUUUGUGUGAAAAAGAAAGACUAGCGUUUUUGUAGCACUAGAGCGCAAGUUCAAGGUUCUGCUCAAGGGCUAUUCUGAGAGACAUGAUAGAGAAUGAAAUAAAGAACGCGGCUUCCAUUCCAGAGCAUGGAGAAGUCAAGUAGUGAGGAAUCCGCUAUCCACCGUAGCCCUUCUGUGGACAGCCGCGACUCAGACUUUGCCCAAGCCUCUACCUCCGGACGGCCAUUCGGAGGACGAGGCUUUACCGCUGGAGCCUUUUACGGGUCCACUGGCCCACGUGCGCAAACUGCUCCUCAGAGUGCGGCGGCCGGCGACGACAAAGGCAGUAAUAAGUACAAGGCUCCUAAAGGCAGCAAAUACGUGGUCUUUUAUCUGGAUCUAUCCUUUGUGUUCCUUCUAGAGUUCAAGAAGUGCAACAUGGCGAGAGGCUGCCUGUGCUGUCUGAAAUACAUGAUGUUUGUCUUCAACCUCAUCUUCUGGUUAUGUGGCUGUGGGCUGCUGGGAGUUGGAAUCUGGCUGUCUGUGUCUCAAGGCAGCUUCGCCACCUUCUCCCCCUCCUUCCCCUCCCUCUCUGCUGCCAACAUGGUCAUCGCCAUAGGCGCCAUCGUCAUGGUGACAGGCUUCCUCGGUUGCCUGGGCGCCAUCAAGGAAAACAAGUGCCUGCUUCUGAGCUUCUUCAUUGUCUUGCUGAUUAUUCUGCUGGCUGAGCUGAUUUUGCUCAUUCUUUUCUUCGUCUACUCUGAUAAGGUCAGUGAGAACGCAAAGCAGGACCUGAAAGAUGGUCUUGCGCUCUACAACACAGACAACAACAUUGGACUGAGAAACGCCUGGAAUAUCAUCCAAGCUGAGUGGAAGUGUUGUGGAGUAACCGGGUACACAGAUUGGCACGAGGCUCUGAAAGAAAAGGUGGUGCCCGACCGCUGCUGUCAAGAGCAUUAUCAGGAGUGUGGCCGCAACUCCACCAACAUGUUCUGGACACGGGGCUGCUACGAGAAAGUUGAAGAGUGGCUUGAAGAUAAUAAGCACCUACUCGGAACCAUCGGCAUGUGUAUCUUGGUAGUUCAGCUCUUGGGAAUGGCCUUUUCCAUGACACUGUUCCAUCAGAUCCACAGAAGCGGGAAGAAGUAUGAUGCCUAACGAGGCCGUUUAUCAAGGGAGGAGACCUGGUGCUUUAUGGGACAGACUCUGGAGGAGAGCUCCUCCUCUUGUAUCUAACUUCCACCACUGGCCAGCCCUUCUUCCCAUUAUUCCCCACCUUACACCUUACCAUCCUGUAUAGACUUCAGUCAUGGUCUGCCUCUUUUCCACUCUUUCUCCCCCAUCUGCUCAUCUGCCAAAGAGACCUGGGGACAGAGAGGAACCAGAGAGGACCAACUCUUGGCCAGCAUCCUCCCCAUGAGGCCUCUGACUUUCUCCAUCUCCUCUAGAACCUUUAUUUUACGCUUGAACUAACUAACGUUUGCAAGAAGGAGAAUAAUGAUGACAAACUGCGUGGCUUCACUAAUCCGUAAAUUCUUAAGCCCAACAUACAGAGCGAUGAGAAGACAUCAGACUGGAAACCUUUGGGGUGGGAUGAAUUUGAAAAGCAUCGCUCAUUAUCACCUCCAUCUACAAUGUAAAUGACAAACAGCUCCAUUUUAGCAUGAUGCAGUUUUGUACGAGACAGAAAUCUUUGUCAUUUCGGCUCAAGACUUUUUUGUUCGUUUUUUUAUAAGUGACUUUGCCCCAACCCCAUAAAUGUCAUUGUUUUUGCACCUAAUGAUUGGAAAGAGGCGGUACAAGUAUUCUGACUUCAGCGAGGUAUGACCAGGAAUCUGAGUUUGUCUGUGUGUGUUGCUACACAAGCUUGUUCUUGUGUUUAAAGGUUUGUGAUUUGAGGAUGCAUCGAAACGUGUCGAAAGUUUCACCCUGAUGAGAACCAUUACAACCUAAUGUCAGUAUAAUACAUCAAAUAGGGACUGUUUUACUAUAUACAGACUGUCUGAUUACCCAGCUGCCCACAUACAAGCAAAAACAUCCUGUUUGUUAACCACUAAAAGGUCAUUUUAACUGAACUGCUACUAAAACUCUGUAGCAUUGACAAUGAAGUGCAGUUAUUAUAGAAUAAAGAUGGAAGGUUACAAGUAAGUAGACCAAGCAUUAGUAAAAGGCAGAGCUUUGUGAGUUUGACCAUUUUUUUGCUCAAUGAAUCCAAUUCUGUACUCCAAAGAAUGUUGAGACAGAGCCUAAUAGCGCAGAUUCCACCUUGUUUAUGUUUGCACAUUUCUCUAGGACGGUAGCAUUUACAUUUUUGGCAGACGUUAAGAGUUAGUUCAACCAAAAAUGAAAAUCUGUCAUCAUUUACUCACCCUCAUGUUUUCCAAGCCUGCAGGACUUUUAGUUUUUGCAUGGAACACAAAAGGAAACAGUUUGAAGAAUGUUUUGCUGCUCUUUUCUAUACAACGAGAGCAGACCUGAUGCUUUCGAAUAGAGUUGUCAAAAGGACUGAUUUCGGUACCAAUCGGUACCUCUGCGAACUGGUCCGUGAUAGACGCCUGCUUUCAAACACUCCCGUUGUGUAUCUGUGUAAGCUCUUGGUGAAGAGCGUCAUUGAUGACUAUUUACAACGUUUUUGAAGCGUCGAUCAUUGAAGCCAAUCACAGACAUAUCUGACGAGCGCAUGAACACAAUUGCCAGUCAGAGGCGUUUAUGAAUCUGCUCAACAGCGCUCAAAGCGUCACAUUUUUAAAAUUUCACUUGGUACCGAAGUCGGUACUUUUGACAACUCACUUUUGAACUCUAAAAAUGAGGGGGAAAUAUGAUAAAAGUAGUGCAUAUGACUAAGUGCUAGUGCUCUUUUCCUCAACAGUUGGAUUCAAAAAAUUUGGAAUAUACAGGUAACACUUUA